AAAAAAGUAAAUGGCAUUGAGACAGGCAGCGACGUGAAUGCAGACAGAAGAAAGAAAGGUGUCGUGCCAGUAACUAAGCUUCUAAAUAUAGAUCAGAGAGACAAGAAGGAUAAUAACCAACCAAAAGUCCCGUAAUUAUAGAGAACAAUGGGUUAUAUAAGAAGAGGUCAAUAGGAAAAAACAACAACGAGGAACACGAAGAAAGAGAAACUAAUCAAGGUGGGUGUAGAGAAUGGUGAACAUUAGAGUACAACAAAAAGGCCCUGAAUCUCCGAGGACAUCGGAGGUUGGAGAGAUAGACACCAGAGCACCGUUCCAAUCGGUGAAAGCUGCCGUGAGCUUGUUUGGUGAAGUAGUCUCAAGACAAAGAAGCACUCCAAGAAGGUCUCGCCUUUCCUCUGAGAGCGUUACCGACAAAGAAACACAGCUAAUGCUAGCCCACAAGCAAUUCAUCAAGAUCAAACAAAAGCUAGACAACUCCGAGAUCACAAGAUCUCGCGCUCUCUCCGAUCUCUCAAAAGCAAAGAAGACAAUGGAGGAGCUUAGAACAAAGCUCGAGACCGUUAACAAGUCUAAACAAUCCGCUAUAGACACCAAAGAAACAGUCCAACAGCGAGAAGAACAGCUUGAGCAUGACAAGUCCCAAGGCUCCUCCCCUCCUCACCACCACGAGCUCGACGUCGCUAGAGAACGGUAUCUCUCCACCACCGUUGAACUCGAUGCAGCAAAGCAAAAGCUAAACAAAAUCAAACAAAGCUUUGAUUCCGCUUUGGACUUCAAAGCCACUGCCUUAAACCAAGCCGCUGAGGCUAAACGUGCGAUACAAGUAAACUCAGCUAAGGUCAGCGAGCUUUCCAAAGAGAUUACGGAUAUGAAAGACGCGAUUCAUCAGCUGAAGUUAGCAGCUACUCAGAACCAGCAAGAGUAUGGUAGUAUUGUGAAGGAGAAAGACGAUUUGAGAGAGUGUUACAAGACGGCUGUUGAGGAGGCGGAGAAGAAGCUACUAGUCUUGAGGAAAGAGUACGAGCCUGAGCUAUCAAGAACUCUUGAAGGCAAGCUUAUUGAGACGACCUCGGAGAUUGAGAGUUUAAGGGAAGAGAUGAAGAAAGCUCAUGAGUCUGAGAUGAACACGGUUAAAGUUAUUACAAACGAGCUGAAUGAGGCUACUACAAGGCUACAAGAGGCUUCUGAUGAGGAAUGCUCUCUGAGAAGCUUGGUGAAUUCUAUAAGGAUGGAGCUUGACGACAUGAGAAGAGAACGAGAAGAGAUGGAGAAGAGAGAAGCAGAGAGGUUAGAGGUUGAGGAGAGGAAGAAGGUGGAAGCUCUCAAGGAAGAGAGCUUGAAGCUUGAGGAAAUGAAGUUAGAAGCUUCGAGAGCAAGAAACGAAGCUGAAGAGAUGAACAGAAAGAUCGAGAGCUUGAAGAAAGAAACCGAUUCCGCUAUGAUAGCUGCGGAAGAAGCUGAGAAGAGACUAGAGAUUGUGAUAAGAGAAGUGGAACAGGCCAAAGCGGCUGAUGAGAAAGUGCGCGAGGAGAUGAAGAUUAUAUCUCAGAAGAAAGAGAGCAAGAAACAAGAUGAAUCAUCUUCAAAGAUAAAGAUCACAGUACAAGAGUAUGAAUCUUUGAAACGAGGAGCAGGGGAGACAGAGACUGUAGCGGAAAAGAAGUUGGCAGAUAUAGCAGCUGAGCUUGAAGAGAUCAAUGCAAGAAAAGCCGAAGCGGAUACUAAACUAGGAGCGAGCCUGAAAGCUAUAGAGGAGAUGAACCACGCAACGGAGUUGGCUCAGAAGUCAGCAGAGUCCGCAGAAGCGGCAAAGAGCAUGGUGGAAAGUGAACUAAACAGAUGGCGUCAACAAGAAAAUGUACAACAUGAUUAGGUCUUAGAUUCUUCAAUCUGUAUAAAAACAUUGUUUUGUUCCAAAUUAAAAAUAUUAAAGACAAUAAUAAACUAUUCCAACAC